AUGAUACCAGUGUGGUUUUGGAGAGAACGUGUUUGGUUCGCCUUUCUUACGAAUGGUAUACUACGUUACGUAGUAACACUACACUUCACGUGGUUGGUGAACAGCGCCGCCCACUACUGGGGAAAUAGACCAUACAAUCGAUUCAUGAAUGCGCGGGAAAACAAGCACGUGGCUUUCUGGGCUCUAGGCGAAGGCUUCCACAACUACCACCACACCUUUCCAUACGACUACUCCACCAGUGAGUACGGCUGGAAGCUCAACAUAUCCACGAUGUUCAUCGACUUCAUGGCGAUGCUGGGACAAGCUUAUGAUAUGAAGACAGUGUCAGCUGAG